AAACAUCAGGGAAACUUAUUUUUCCCAAAAAUAUUAAAAAAUAAAUUUUUUUAAUACAAAAUUACGAGAAAAAAUUUCAUCAGAAACUCUAUUAGGCCUGAAAUUCGGUAAAAACCCAUCAAAAUCAUGGCAGAUCGUGAUUACUCCAUCGGGUUCGCAACGUUACCUGAGCAGCAUUACCGGAAAUCCGUAAAGCGUGGAUUUCAGUUUACCCUGAUGGUUGUUGGCGAAACAGGCUUGGGCAAAAGUACUUUGAUAAAUAGUUUGUUCUUGACGGACUUGUACAAAAAUCGCGUAAUCCCAAAUGUCGAAGAUCGGGUCGAAAAAACGACAAAAGUUGAGAAGAAAACGCUCGAUGUCGAGGAAAAAGGCGUAAAAUUGCGACUGUCAAUUGUGGAUACUCCUGGAUUUGGUGACGCCAUUAAUGCGGAGGAGAGUUGGAAGGUCUGUACGGCAUACAUCGAUGAGCAAUAUCGUCAAUAUUUCGCCGAUGAAAGCGGAUUAAAUCGUCGGAAUAUUCAAGAUAAUCGAGUUCAUUGCUGUUUGUAUUUUGUCCCGCCAUACGGGCAUAGUUUGCGCCAAAUGGAUUUGGAGCUCAUGAGACGUUUGCAUCGCAAAGUGAAUAUUGUGGUUGUCAUCGCCAAAGCAGAUACGCUCACGCAAAACGAACUAAAAGUCUUGAAGGAAAAUAUUUUGAAUGAUUUGGAGGCGAAUGGAAUUCAAACUUACCAAUUUCCGGAUUGUGACUCCGAUGAAGAUGAGGAAUUUAAGCGGCAAGAUGAGGAAUUGAAGGCAUCAGUACCGUUUGCAGUCGUUGGUAGCAACACAAUUUUGGAUAUUGCAGGCAAAAAAGUUCGGGGAAGGCAAUAUCCAUGGGGCGUCGUUGACGUUGAAAAUCCCGCUCACAGUGAUUUUUGUAAAUUACGCACAAUGUUAAUUUCGACUCACAUGCAAGAUUUGAAGGAUACCACACAAGACGUUCAUUACGAAAACUUCCGAGCGCAAUGCAUCUCCCAAAUCGCCCAACAAGGCCUCCGACAAGAACGUGGCAAGCUUAAACGUGACUCAAUCUCAUCCCAAAGCGAAAGUAUCACCGAAACGGAUCGUUUGUUGCUCCAAAAGGACGAGGAAAUUCGACGAAUGCAGGACAUGUUGACACAAAUGCAGGAAAAAUUAAAGACCACACACUUAACGGACCUCAAAAAGGAAACAAUUAUCGAUGUCUAAAGUCAAUCUUCUUACCGAAAAAUCGAUCUCAUCGAUUAAUAGCCAAACAUUUUUAGAAUCAAAAAACGAACAAUUUAAAAAAAAAUAAUUCAUAAUCGCAUUAAACGUAUAGAGAGUAAAAAACUUUUUAGGUAGCACAAAAUCGUAAGCAUAGCUCUCUCUUUCCUAACUCUCAUAUAGCUCUAAUAAUUUAGUUUAAAGAUUUUUUUGUGAUUUUGUGAGAAAAAAUAAUUUUUUUUAAUUUAAAUUUUUUUUUUAAUUUUAAUUUUUUAUGAAAAAAAGAUUUCAAAUUUUCAUCU